GUUAUAACCCAGCAGGAUUCCGAGAAAAGAGCAAUGUCAUCUGUGAAUAUUGAUGUAACUGGCGUUUCUGAUGUGUCCUUGAUACGAAGGGACGCUUGCGACAUUUUCACAGCUGCAGUAGCCUCUGUGUAUCCACCACAGAUGGUUAAAAAUGCCAUUAAAGUCUCUCCUGACGGUAACCAGCUGACAGUGGAUGGACACAACUAUGCCCUCAAGCAGAACGUGUACGUUGUGGGGUUCGGUAAGGCAGUGUCUGGAAUGGCGGCAGCCCUGGAUCAGCUGAUAGGCAAACACAUUGUGGACGGGAUCAUCAGCAUUCCGUAUGGGACAUUUGAGCUAUUCACCUCCAUUGGAAAAAGUGACCUGUGCGUGAAACCUGACAGCAAGAUCCGGGUGUUCCAAGGGGCAAGGUAUAACAUGCCAGACGAAGACUCUCACAAAGCAGCCACUGCGAUACACGAACUGGCAAAAUCAUUGACAGAGAAACACAUAUUGAUUGUACUUAUUUCAGGGGGAGGAUCUUCCCUGCUACCAUCGCCCAUUCCACCUGUAACCCUCGACGAGGCCAUCAAGAUGACCCGGGUUAUAUCUGAGGUCGGGGGCUCCAUUGGGGAACUCAACAUACUGAGACAAAACGUGGAGGUGCUCAAAGGAGGUGGCCUUGCAAUGGUGGCCAGGCCAGCGCAGGUGCUAUCGCUGAUCUUGUCGGAUGUGAUAGAGGACAAGCUGGAGAUCAUUAGCAGUGGUCCCACCACUCCUCUCCUCAGCUCUGCCAGACAAUGCCUGCAGAUACUGGAAAGAUUGAAUGUCAAGGACAAAGUACCUCGGUCAGUAGUUGAACUACUCAUGCGCAGUGCAUCGGACAAGAAAUCCCAGCAGGAGGGGCAGCAGCAACACAAUCUGAGUUACGAGUCACAGUGGAAACACGUGCAAAAUGUGAUCAUAGGCAGCAACACCAUAGCAACUGAAGCAGCCAGAAACCAGGCUAGUCGUCAUGGAUACGUACCUGUUGUUCUGACGAACACAUUGCAGGGGGAGGCAAGCAGGGUAGCCGGCAUGUUUGUCAUGCUUGCCAAGUACAUCAUGCUGUCUUACGGGAACAUGGCUCCAGACAAGGGCAAAGGUCAGCUGGUGGAAGCUGAACUCGAGCUCAUCAAGGACGGACUUAAGAAAUCUGAUCUACAGAGGGUGAUCGCUGCAGUGUCACAGGCGCAGAACAGUCACAGCGGCUUGUGCGUGAUCUGUGGUGGGGAAACUACGGUCAUGGUCAAGGGGUCGGGAAAAGGUGGUCGGAACCAGGAAAUGGCGCUGACUUUCUCACUGGGCUUAAAGAACAUGAUUGAAGGCACUGCCUCGCACCCGACCCAUAAACAGUUCUCAAGUUUCCACGUGGAGUUCCUAAGUGCUGGAACUGACGGUCAGGAUGGGCCAACAGAUGCUGCAGGGGCUGUUGUGAACAAAAGAUUGGUUCAAUUUGCCAAUGGUCAUGGUUUAGACGCCAGUGCAUUUCUCAAGAAUAAUGAUUCCUACACAUUCUUUAAGUCACUUAAAGAUGAUUCUCUUCUUGAGACUGGACUAACGGGAACUAAUGUUAUGGAUAUUCAGUUGUUGAUUAUUAAAUUUCUAAGCAAAUAGAUGAUAAUUAUUAAGCCGGACUACAAAAGAAUAUUUUUCUUAUGUAAUGUUGUACAACUGUAGAUAUUGUGACCACAUAUAAAUAUGGUGUUUCAACAAUAUGACAUCAUGGACUCUACAGCAAACAUGAAAUGGCUGAAAUUUUGAAGCAUUCACCAUGCACAUGAACACAAUCCUGUUGACGAUCAAAAAUAAGAAUACUAUACACUUAGUUCUGUUUAAUGUGUUAUUUAUUAGCACUCUUGAGCACAACGUGCUCAUGGUGAGCAAUAGUGUUCACCCUAUGUCUGUUAUCAACGUUUAGCUCCUGCAAUCCUAGGGGCAAUAUUUUCCCAUCUAAUCUUGGUCUUGAACUUGAAACUUGGUCAAGAUGUUUAUCUUGACAAUAUUUUUACUGAGUUAGAAUCUGUGUCAUGUGCAUUCAAAAACUUGGUAGUCCGAUUUAAUCUUAGAAUAACCACUCUAGAAGCCACAAUAGUGACUAAAUCUCAAUGAAACUUAGUCAGAAUGUUUAUCUAGACAAUUUUUUUUUAGGAGCUCAAAUCUGGGUAAUGUGUGUCAAAAAAACUAGGUCACCAGAUCAAAUCUUGUUGUAAAGGGCAAAUGUCUGACUAAUAUUGAUAAAACUUUGUCAGAACGCAUAUCUGGAAAAUAAUUAGGCCAAGGUUUUAUGUUUGUUAUGUGUGUCACCACUUAAUAAUGUUAGAAAAACACUCUAAGCACUCCUGAAGUCACAUUUGUGGUUCAAUAUUGAUUGACUUUUGUCAGAUUUUUUCUUGACAAUAUCUAGGCCAAGUUUGAAUAAUGGUCAAAAGACUAGGUUACCAGGUUAAAUGAGAAACCCUUAUUGCCAUUCUAGAAGCCACGUUUUAUACUCAUUAUUGAUUUAACAUGGUCAAAGUGUUUGACUUGAAAAUAUCAUGGCCAUGUUUCUAUCCAGAUCGUUGCAUCAAAAGCUAUUUUUUUACCUGGAAUUCGGGUGAGAUCUGAUGGACAAUUAUGGCCUCUUCUUACUCAAUUGUGUUAUUGUGUUAAAUCGGUUUUUUAUACACAGUUCCGUUAAUUAUGUUUCUAUUUAGUUCAAAGUUUCGCUGAUGUCAAUGUUUAAAAUACUGUUAACAAAGCUGGAUUUUUUAUUUACCUCCUCUGAGCACAUAGUUCCCAUGGGGGGCUUUAAGGGUACAGGGUUGUCUUGCAGUCCUCUACUGAAUUUGUUCAAAGCAUAACUGGGGUAAACUGUAACUGUGGUAGUACAUUCAACGAAGCAGUUCAAUCUCAGCUGGGGCCAGAGUUUUUAUUGACAUCAAAACUGCAAUAUUUGUUAUCUUUCCUCAGUCAGCUUUCUCACUCCUCUGUAGCACAUUGGUGGUUCAUAGAACCACGGAGCGUAUAUUGACUCAUCUAGAGUCCGUGAUAGAACUUGGAGGAAUUGUGGGAUCUGUUGGUAACAGUUAAAAUAGUCUGACAGCAACAUGUUUAGCUCAUAUGAGCACAACGUGCUCAUGGUGAGCUUUUGUGAUCGCUUUUUGUCCGUCAUGCGUCCUCCGUCGUCAACAUUUUGUCUUUUGAACACUCAAGAGGCCACAUUUAUUGUCUGAUCUUCAUGAAAUUUGGUCAGAACAUUUGUCUCAUUGAUACCUCGACUGAGUUCGAAACUGGGUCAUGCUGGGUCAAAAACUAGGUCACAAGGUCAAAAAAAAGAAAAACCUUGUGAACACUGUAGAAGUCACAUUUGAUGCCCAAUCUUCAUGUAACUUUGUCAAAAUGUUUGUCUAAAUGAUAUGUUGGUUGAGUUCAAAAAUGGUUCCGUUCCGUUGAAAAACAUGGCUGCCAGGGGGCGGGGCAGUAUUCCUUAUAUGGCUAUAGAGAAACCUCGUGAACACUCUAGAAGUCACAAUUAUUGCUCAUGAAACUUGGUCAAAACAUUGGUUUCAUUGAUAUCUCGAACGAGUUGGAAAAUGGUCCAGAUCGGUGAAAAAACAUGGCCGCCAGGGGGCGGGGCAGUUUUCCUUAUAUGGCUAUAGUAAAACCUUGUUAACAAUCUAGAGGCCACAUUUAUUGUCCAAUCUUCAUGAAAUUUGGUGGGAAGAUUUGUCUCAAUUAUAUCUUGGAUGAUUUCGAAAAUGGUAACGUUUGCUUGAAAAACAUGGCUGCCAAGGGGCGGGUCAUUUUUCCUUAUAUGGCUAUAUAUGGCUAUAAUAAAACAUUGUGAACACUCUAGAGACCUCAUUUAUUGUCCAAUCUUCAUGAAAUUUGGUCAGAAGAUUGGUCUCAAUGAUAUCUUGAAUGAGUUCGAAAAUGGUUACGUUUGCUUGAAAAACAUGGCUGCCAAGGGGCGGGGAAUUUUUUCUUAUAUGGCUAUAUAUGGCUAUAGUAAAAUCUUGUUAACUCUCUAGAGGCCACAGUUAUUGUCUGGUCUUCAUGAAACUUAGUCAGAAGAUUCACCCUAAUAAUGUCUUGGACGAGUUAAAAAAUGAUGCUGGUUGGUUGAAAAACAUGGCUGCCAGGGGGCGGGGCAUAUUUCCUUUUAUGGCUAUAGUAAAACCUUGUUAACACUCUAGAGGCCACAUUUAUUGUCCGAUCAUCAUAAAACUUGGUCAGAUGAUUUGUCCCAAUGAUAUCCUGGAUGAGUUUGAAAAUAGUUCCGGUUGGUGGAAAAACAUGGCCGCCAAGAGUGUGUGGCAUUUUUCCUUAUAUAUCUAUUAUAGUUAAACCUUGUUAACACUCUAGAAGCCAUAUUUAUUGUACGAUCAUCAUGAAACUUUGUCAGAAGAUUUGUCCCAAUGAUAUUUCGGACAAGUUCGAAGUGGUUCCAGUUGCUUGAAAAACAUGGCCACCAGUGGGCGGGUCAUUUUUCCUUAUAUGGACUUAUGAAUCUUCAUGAAACUUUGUCAGUAUAUUGUUUAAAUGAUAUCUUGGAUGUGUAUGAAAAUGGUUCUGGUCUGUUGAAAAACGUGGCUGCCAGGGUACCCUGUUCACUAGUCAUGAAAGUUGGUAAGAACACUUUGUUCUAAUGACAUCUUGGGCUGCACAGAACAGGUCAGUUCCUUUGAAUCUCAGGUGAGCGACUUUGGGCCUUUCAGGCCCUUUUGUUUUCUUUGAAACAAAUUCCAUUUUAUUUGUAUGUACAUGCUUAUUGCUUUAAAUACAUUGUUAGUUUUGAGAUAAACUUUUUUCUGGC